UGCUGGUUUAGUCAUUUGAAUGAGUAUUUAGUAGCUUUUUGGUGAUAGUAUAAUGGAAGAAGAGGAAGAACCAAAAGAGACAAAAAUAUCUGAUAAUGGAUUGCAUGGUCAUGAAGGGAAUAAUAGGGGAAUGGAGCGAGUUGUUAAGAGUCCUCAGGAGGAAAAUGUACAUGGAGAUAAUUUAAAAUAUUUAUCCGGGGUGUACUCAACAGAGGGUGAUCUUUACCCAGUUCCUGACAUGCCACAUGAUCAUCUUACUUCUAGCCCUGGGUCAGAGGGGCAUUUUGGUCACACCGACAAUGAGUAUCCUCCAUCAGUUAAUUUUGGUUCGCCUACAUAUUCUUCUGUUAGUUCUCCACAAAAGCAUUGGGAAAAAAAUGCAGGGCAAAAUUCGUCUGCAGAAUUAUUGCAUUUAAUUGAUUCUGCUAUAAUGGGGAAACCUGAAGGUAUGGAGAAACUGAAGAAUAUUGCAAGCGGAGUAGAAAUUUUUGGGAAUGGUGAAGAAAUGGACAGUGUGCCUUUCUUAAUAGUAGAUUCACUUCUUGCAACAAUGGGCGGUGUCGAAAGUUUUGAAGAGGACGGUGAUAAUCCUCCUAGUGUAAUGCUGAACUCUCGGGCAGCUAUUGUGUCAGGUGAACUGAUUCCCUGGCUUCCUUACGUUGGUGAUUCUGAUGUUGUCAUGUCACCUAGGACACGAAUGGUAAGGGGACUUCUUGCUAUAUUAAGGGCGUGCACCAGAAACAGAGCAAUGUGCUCAAUGGCUGGUCUGUUAGGAGUACUGUUGAGAACAGCAGAAAAAAUUUUCACUGUAGACGUUGGCUUAAAUGGGCAAAUAAGGUGGGAUGGAACUCCUUUGUGCCGCUGCAUACAAUACUUGGCUGGGCAUUCUCUUACUGUUAGUGAUCUUCAUAGAUGGUUCCAAGUCAUUCCAAGAACACUCACCACAAUUUGGGCUUCACGCUUGAUGUUUGCAUUGGAAAAAGCAAUUAGUGAAAAGGAAUCUAAUGGACCAGCUUGCACGUUUGAGUUUGAUGGGGAAAGUUCUGGUUUGCUGGGUCCAGGUGAGGGUCGUUGGCCAUUUAUCCACGGGUAUGCAUUUGCAACAUGGAUCUACAUUGAAUCAUUUGCUGACGCACUAAAUACAGCAACAGUAGCCGCUGCAAUUGCUGCGGCUGCAUUUGCUAAAUCAGGUAAGUCAUCAGCUAUGUCGGCUGCUGCAGCAGCUAGUGCUCUUGCUGGUGAAGGUACGGUACACAUGCCACGUUUAUUCAGUUUUUUAUCUGCUGAUAAUCAGGGUAUAGAGGCUUACUUUCAUGCUCAAUUUUUGGUUGUUGAAAUUGGUUGUGGAAAGGCAAAGAAAUCUGCUUUACAUUUUACUUAUGCAUUUAGACCACAAUGCUGGUACUUCAUUGGUCUUGAACAUACAAGCAAGAAUGGUAUCCUUGGGAAUGCAGAAAAUGAAAUUAGAUUGUAUGUAGAUGGGUCUUUACACGAAGUUCGUCCUUUUGAGUUCCCCAGGAUUUCCAAACCCCUUGCAUUUUGCUGCAUAGGAACUAACCCUCCUCCUACUAUGGCCGGUUUGCAACGGCGACGCCGUCAGUGCCCGUUAUUUGCGGAGAUGGGGCCUGUUUACAUCUUCAAGGAACCAAUUGGCCCUGAAAGGAUGGCACGCUUGGCUUCUAGAGGAGGGGAUAUAGUACCUUCUUUUGGCAAUGGAGCAGGGUUACCAUGGCUAGCAACAAAUGCCCAUGUGCAGAGCAAGGCAGACGAAAGUGUUCUUUUGGAUGCAGAAAUUGGAGAUUUCAUUCACCUACUCUAUCAUCCUAGUUUGCUCAGUGGGCGUUUCUGUCCAGAUGCUUCACCUUCUGGUGCUGCAGGAGUGCUUCGACGCCCAGCCGAGGUUCUAGGGCAAGUCCACGUUGCUACACGAAUUCGACCUGUGGAGGCUUUGUGGGCAUUGGCUUACGGUGGUCCAUUAUCUUUGCUUCCCUUAGCAAUUAGCAAUGUACACGAGGAUACUCUAGAACCACGGAAGGGGAAUAUUUCUGUGUCUGUAGCCACUUCAUCCCUUGCUGGUCCAAUAUUUCGAAUUAUAUCAAUGGCCAUUCAAUAUCCGAGGAACAAUGAGGAGUUGGCUCGUUGCAAAGGUCCUGAGAUUCUUUCAAAGAUUUUAAAUCACCUUCUCGAAACCCUGGCUUCACUUUGUGAAGGAACAUAUGAUGGUGUAGGUGAUGAGGAACUUGUUGUUGCAGUUGUCUCACUUUGUCUAUCUCAAAAUAUCAACCAUACUCUCAAAGUGCGUCUCUUCACCACACUGUUGCUGGAUUUAAAAAUUUGGAGUUUAUGUAGUUAUGGCAUACAAAAGAAGCUUCUAUCAUCACUUGCCGACAUGGUUUUCACUGAGUCGGUAGUGAUGCGAGAGGCCAAUGCCAUUCAAAUGCUUCUUGAUGGCUGUAGAAGAAGCUAUUGGACUGUUCCGGAAAAGGAUUCAGUAAAUAACUUUCAUCUAACUGGAUCAACAAGACCUACUGGUGAGGUCAAUGCGUUGGUUGACGAGCUCUUAGUGGUAAUUGAACUUCUAAUAGUGGCAGCAUCUCCUACAUUAGCAUCAGAUGAUGUUCGAUGUUUACUUGGGUUCAUGAUUGACUGUCGACAACCUGGUCAGAUUGCUAGGGUGUUACAUCUCUUCUACAGGUUGGUUGUGCAGCCGAAUACAGCUAGAGCUCACUCAUUUGCAAAAGCAUUCCUAGCAUGUGGAGGGAUAGAAACUCUUCUUGUUCUUCUCCAAAGGGAAGUUAAAGCUGGAGAAAGUGAUGCUCUUGAAUCGGCACCAAAGAAUCCUGAAUUUAAAAAAAAUGAAAAUGAUGGUAGCAGUGAAAUCACAGAAACAUAUCAGGAUGAUGAAGGUUCUCAAUCUGCUGAUAGUUGCAGUAAUAUUGGUCCUAGUUCUCCUGAUGUGUAUAUUGAAGGGAUGACACGUACCUCAGAAACUCCAUCUGUCAAGAAUUUGGGAGGCAUAAGUCUAUCCAUCAGUGCUGACAGUGCUAGGAAAAAUGUUUAUAAUGCUGAUAAAAGUGAUGGCAUUGUUGUUGGGAUUGUUGGUCUCUUGGGUGCUUUAAUAGUUUCUGGGCAUCUGGGGCAUGGUUCCCGCUCUGGUCUUGAUACAGCAAGCAACCUUUUGGGUGUUGGACUGCAAGAUGGUGGAAGUACAAUGUUUGAAGAUAAGGUUUCUUUUCUUUUUUACGCCUUACAAAAGGCAUUCCAGGCAGCACCGUGUAGGCUGUUGACAAACAAUGUCUAUACAACUUUAUUGACUGCCUCGAUAAAUGCUUCUUCAACAGAGAAUGCGCUGGAUUUCAAUGAUCCUGGCCAUCGCUUUGAGCAUUCACAACUGCUAAUAGCGCUUUUGCAUUCCCUUCCAUUUGCACCUAGGCCUUUGCUGAGCAGAGCACUACAGGAGGUCUACUUCUUAUAUCGUGUCUCUAUUGGUGGCAACCUGAUAUCUUGGAAAAGUAAGAAGCAAAGUGUUGUGCAAGGUCCAGCGCAGAAGCAGAAUAUAGAGCUAAUGACAUCUGCUACUUGCAAGCUUUGUGGUGGCUUAAACAAUUACUAA